AUGCAUAUCUUUGCUGUCGUCACUACAUUACUCCUCGCUGCACCAUCGGCGGCGGAAAAGCCAUCAAGCGGUGCAAACGCAGCUUGCUCCCGUCUGAAACAUCGGUUUCCUGACUACACUUUUCUUCCCGGGGCGCAAGGAUACACAUAUGAGACACAAGAACCAUAUUGGUCAGCAACCGUGUACAGCACACCAGCGUGUGUUUUUGUGCCUCAGAAUGCCGAGCAAGUCUCAUACGCGGUCGUUACUAUUACGCUCACGCAAUCGAAGUUGUCGGUGCGUGGGGGCGGUCACAUGCCGAUUCCCGGGUCUAAUGGGAUAGGUGGCGAGGGUGUGUUGGUGUCGUCGUCCAAUAUGACGAGAUUGGCUCUGUCUAGUGAUCAAUCUGUUUUAUCUGUUGGUCCUGGGAAUCGGUGGAGAGAUGUAUAUGCGUAUCUCAAGCCGUUUGGGCUUGCGGCUGUUGGGGGCCGCGUGGGCCAUGUUGGGGUGCCUGGGUUGUUGCUUGGAGGAGGUAUAUCGUUCUUUUCCUCCGAGUAUGGCUUUGCCUCGGACAACGUGGUUAAAUAUCAAUGUGUUCUUGCCAGCGGCCUGGUCAUCGAAGCAACAGCGACAAAUGCCUACUCGGAUAUCUUCUGGGCCUUACGCGGCGGCGGCAACUCCUUCUGCAUUGUCACGAGAUUCGAUCUGCGCCCCGUAAAAGGCAGUCAUGUCCACGUCGGUAUCGCACAGUUCAGCCAAUCUCAAGCCAAAGGCUAUCUGGACGGCGUAUAUAGUUUUGGGAAAUACGGCGGGCCUUCUGAUGCCAAAGCAGCCAUUAUUCCGACAAUUGUCACUUUGCCAGCCGCAAACCUAACUGUGUAUGCGGCUGCAAAGUUUUACAAUUCUCAGACGGAUAACCCAAGGGUAUUUGAGAAUUUCACCGCGCCCAAGCUUGUUCCUAUUGCAGAUUCAUACACGCUGCAGCCGCUGUCAGACUACAUUGCGGUAACAGAUGCGUUGCAACCUCUCGGGUUACGCCAGGUAUUUAGAACCCUGUCUGCGGUUGUCGACCGAGAUGCCGUUCAGAUCAUACAUGACACGUUCAAUUCUCUGGUGUACUCGGACUUGGCCAGAAUUCCUAACCUUCAGGCUUCCAUCACGUUUCAACCCAUUACAAAGGACUUCCUCUCGCAUAGUGCUAAGAGCGGAGGGAAUCCCCAGGGAAUCGAUGUCGACAAUGCGCCGUACUUUUGGGUAGUCGAGAAUUUUACAUGGGGCGCUGCCGAAGACGAUGACACUGUACAUGUGGCAGCGGACAAGAUUACAGCAAAUAUCAACAGCCUUCUCCGCAACAAAUCGCUAGCAGCGCGAUACUUGUACAUGAAUGAUGCAGGGAAGGGCCAGCCAGUAUUUGAAAGCUAUCCCGCUGCCAAUUUGUUGAAGCUGCAGUCAAUUCGCACAAAGUAUGACCCGCUGAGGAUUUACACCGAUUUGAUGCCUGGUGGAUGGAAAGUGGCCAAUACAAAUAUUGGAUAGAAGCUUUACUACUAGAUGUCCUGUCCGAUGUGUAUAUACAG